UCUCCCCCCCCCCCCCUCCCCCCCGGACCGGCCCGCACCCGUUUUCCGUCCGUCGUGGCCGGGCCCGGGAGGCCCGGGCCCUUCCCGCCAACGAGAACAUGUCGGCCGCCCUCCUCUCCGCCUUAUACGACAUCGACUUCUUGUACCAGACGGAGAAAUCCCUGGCCAACCUCAGCUUGACCGUGCUGGACAAGAAGGCGGUGGGGACGCCCGUGGGCCCGACCGCCAACCUGGCCCCCGGCUUCCCGCGCCGACCGGCGCCCGGCCCCCCGUCGCCUCCUUCGAUGCCCCCCGCCGCCUGCGCGCCCGGGUUGGCGGGGCUCGGCCUCCCGGAGCCCAAGGAGUCCCGGUUCCGCGACCGGUCCUUCAGCGAGAGCGGCGACCGCAGCCGGCAGCUCCUGCAGCAGCUGCAGCAGGUCCAGCCGCCCCCGCCGAAGGGCGGGGGGACCGGCAGCGGCUCGCAGAUCAACUCCACCCGCUACAAGACGGAGCUGUGCCGGCCCUUCGAGGAGAGCGGCGCCUGCAAGUACGGCGACAAGUGCCAGUUCGCCCACGGCUUCCACGAGCUGCGCAGCCUCACCCGCCACCCCAAGUACAAGACGGAGCUGUGCCGCACCUUCCACACCAUCGGCUUCUGCCCCUACGGGCCCCGCUGCCACUUCAUCCACAACGCCGACGAGCGGCGGCCCGGCCCCGACGCCUUCGCCGCCGCCCGGGAGCCGCGGCCCAAGCUGCACCACAGCCUCAGCUUCUCGGGCUUCCCCGCCGGACACCACCGGCUGCCGCUGACCUCCCCGCCGCCCGCGGCCCGCGCCACCCCGCCGCCCUGCUGCUCCUCCUCCUCGUCCUCGUCCUCGUCGUCGUCUUCGUCCUCCUCCUCCUCGGCCGCCGCCUCCCCCAGCUGCGCGGCGGCCGCCCUGCUCUUCGGGGGCGAGGACCAGCUCCCGCCCUGCGCCAACAACGCCUUCGCCUUCUCGGGGCAGGAGCUGAGCGGCCUCCUGGCGCCCUUGGCCGUCCAGGCGCACGGCUUCGCCCCGGCUCCGGGUCCGAGUCCCGCCCCGGGCCCGGCCGCCUACUACCGCGGCCCGCCGCCCAGCCUCGGCCCGGCCCCCCCCACCGCGCAGGCGCGGCCGCCGCCGCUCCUCCCUCCUCGCCGCCUCUCCGACUCGCCCGGCCCGGACCCGCCCUCGUCGUCGUCGUCGUGCAGCCCUCCGGGCUCGCCCACCGGCCGCGACAGCCGCCUCAGCGGUUCGCUCAGCCCCGGCAGCCUCAGCGGAUCCGAGUCCCCCGGCCUCGACGCCGCCAGGCGCCUGCCCAUCUUCAGCCGCCUGUCCGUCUCCGACGACUGAGGCCUUCCCGCCUCCGGUCCUCGCCCCGGUCCGGCCCGCAGCCGCCUGCCUUGGGACGCUCCCCCCUCCUCCACACGCAAGUUGAA